UAUAGUUCCUGGAAAAGGAACUUGUAUGAUUUUUGACUAAUUACAAAUGACUAAUUACCUCCUUCUUUUCGAAGUCGGUUAAAAAUAAAAUAAAAAGAAAAUCACAAAAUAUGGAAUUUAGAAAGAACGAAGUUGUUUGAUACGCAAUGGUAGAAUGAAAUCAACCCUGGCGAAGAUAUUUCAAUCAGAGACGUACAUUAGAAAGGUCGUAAAUUUCUUUAUCUAUGACUGGUCAGGCGCCAGAUCUCGCCCUUGUUCACAGAACACAUAAUUUCUGCUUUUCAUUUGAUAGAAAUUCGCUACGUUGACUAACAAAUAUUUUUCUUCUAACAAUUUUCGAGAGGAAUUCAUUAUUGUUUGAAAGUAAAAAUAUGCAUAAAUGGAGGGUGGAUGGGAUGAGGUAGGGCAGGUCUCCAACCGCAGCAACUUGCUCGUGGAACUAUGCCUUUCAGAUUCUGAAGUGUAUCACAUUGCAACUACAAUAGCAUGCGAUAAUUGAGGUGUGUUCGGCCUGUUUUACCGACACGAAAUUCAAAGUUCGGCCUGCACGAUUCAUCUGUCUCAUGGGAAACGUAACCUCUACUAAUGAAUGAAUUAUAAUUUAAUCAUGAGUACGCCGGUAUUGACAAAACAGCAGCAAAAACAUUCUCUGUCAGCGAAAAAAGCGCCAAAUAAAGGACUGCGAAAUGUCUUAGCUCAACCACAAGAUAGUUACUGGCCGAUCGUAAGUGCAGAUAAAUGUAAAGUCUUGGAAGAUCUUCUAAAGAAAUUAAUGCCGGUAAUUAAACGCCCUUCUCAUUCAAUUCCAUGGUCACAACUAAGGCACAUGAAAAAAGAAGAACGUGCACAAGCUAAAAAGGAGGCAAUUUCAAAAGUGGAAAAUGUUCCAGACCCAAAGAUAGGAAAUUCUGUUGUUUUGGGUAUUAAUGCAAUUACAAGGGCUUUAGAGAAAAAUGAUAUUUGUUGUGUCCUAAUGGAUGCAAGUAUAGAACCACCACUUUUAAUAAGGCAUAUUAUUCAGAUGGCACAAAAUAAUAAAGUACCACUCUUGCUAUUACCCGAGUUGAAAACUAUUACAUUGAAUACCAUAGGAUUUGCAUCUGCUGCAUGUGCACCAAAGAAUAUUGUGAAAGAAUCACAAGAUCAUUAUUUUUAUCCAUUGCAUCAGAUGAUACAUGAUAUUUUUAAGGAUGUACCUUUACCAAAAAAGACAUUUAAAUUAUUUGAACAACUAAGCUGUUCUGAAGAGUCAGAGCUGUAUGAAACAGACGACAUGAGUACCGAACCUGAGUCACAGAUUAAACCGUCAGAAUCAAAUAAAUUUACAUUAUCUACCGAUGUAUAUAUGUAUAGAUCUUCCCGUAAUGAAAGAGCGUUUGUUCCACCUGUUGCAAUAGAAACUUCUACAAGUGAAUCUGUUGCAAAAGCAAUAGAUUCAAAUGAUUUCAUUGCAGUGAGUGGUAAUGAUGAUGAGUAUACACAUGUUAAGAAACAUUCAAGAUAUAUAAAUAUCCGCAAAGACAAAAAUUGGAAACAACGAAAACAGCAGACGAAAGUUAAUAACGCCGAAAAUGUUACAUAUUUACCAUUGAAAGUGAAACGAAUACAAGGUAAUCCCAAUCGUGUAAAGGCUACGAAAGUAUCGAAACAAAAGAAAAAAAGUUAGUGAUUAUUGUUAGGUACUGUUUCGAUCUGUUAUAAUAUUGUAAUUAUUGUUGAAGUUAUGUAUUAUAAUGUUUAAUUAAUGAUAAAACGAAAUCUACUCGACACAUCGAUACUCGAGUCUGAUAUUCUUUUUUAAAAAUAGUUGGGAUACUGAUAAUUAUUAUUGCUUAUUUCGUAUAGUUAACGAAUAUGAGGAAAAUUUUUUAUUAUACAGUUACAGUAAAUACUAAAUGUGUAAUACAAUAUAUAGAAAUAAUAAAUAUGUAUUUUUUUACAAAUAUAAAUACAAUAUAUACAAAGAUUGUACUUAUGACAUAAUUUCAUUUAGAGUACCUUGGACCUCUUACUUUUUAAAAACUGUUUUAAAAUAAAAAUUGUUAUAUACAUUGCAAAAAGUUUGAUUAUUUAGUAGAAAAGUCAGUCUUUUUAUAUAUUGGUACCUUGGACAAAUCCAUAUGAGGACCAUGUGUCAUUUAUUAUUAUAUAUCUGUAUAUUUAAUCCAUGGAAAUCUUAUAAAAUAUAAAAAUUAAAUAUACAGUAUUGAUUUCAUA